ACUGGUUUCUAUUGGUUAUUAAGAAAAAAAACUAGUUGUGUUAGUUUCACUGGCCACUCCUCACAGAAACUUAUUGUACUUCUAGAAAAGAGACAAGCAUUUUAUUUCAGAGGGCAGUUUUUAGAGAAGCAACACUUGAGCUGCUUAAGGUAAAGAUGGAACAAGGCCAAAAGUCCCAAAUAAUGAAUCUGAGCCAUGAGCACAAACCCAGACCUAUUCAGCCCAAACCUCAGGAGAGGGACCGGUGGGCCAGUAAGAUGGAGUUUAUCCUGGCGGUGGCUGGACACAUAGUUGGUCUGGGAAAUGUCUGGAGGUUUCCCUACCUUUGCUACAAAAAUGGAGGAGGGGUUUUCUUCAUUCCUUAUACUCUGUUUUUGUUUACCUGCGGCAUACCACUCUUCUUUCUGGAGACCUCUUUGGGCCAGUUUACCAGUCAAGGGGGUAUAACAUGCUGGAGAAAAAUCUGCCCUCUUUUUGAAGGCUUAGGGUACGGAAGCCAAGUGGUUGUUUUGUACACUGGGGUGUAUUACAUCAUCAUACUGGCUUGGACUUUUCUCUACCUGUUCUUAUCCCUCAGGACUGAGCUUCCAUGGGUGAGCUGCAACAACAGCUGGAAUACAGAUGCUUGCUUUGAGCAUGGACACAAUCAAACAUCCCCCCUGCAUCUGUAUGGAAAUUCAACAUCUUCGGUUGUAGAAUUUUGGGAGAGGAGAAUUUUGGGACUGUCGGAUGGAAUUGAUGAGAUUGGCAAUAUUCGGUGGGACUUGGCCCUCUGCCUACUUCUUACCUGGAUUUUAUGCUAUUUCUGUGUGUGGAACGGUGUAAAAACUACUGGAAAGGUGGUGUAUUUCACUGCCACAUUUCCAUAUGUGAUGCUGGCGGUAUUGCUCGUUCGUGGUCUUACGUUACCUGGAGCCAAAGAAGGCAUUAUGUUCUACCUCUACCCAGACCCGUCCCGCCUUGCUGACCCAGAGGUAUGGAUGGAUGCUGGCAGCCAAAUUUUUUACUCCUAUGGAGUUUGCACAGGGGUUCUGACAUCACUAGGAAGCUACAACAAGUACAGCAACAACUGCUAUAGGGAUUGUGUUUACCUGUGUCUGUUAAACAGUUUAACCAGCUUCACAGCUGGGUUCGCCAUCUUUUCAGUGCUAGGUUUCAUGGCAAAGGAGCAAGGUGUGGAUAUAUCAAUGGUAGCGGAAUCAGGUCCAGGUUUGGCCUUUAUUGCUUAUCCUCGAGCUGUGGCUUUAAUGCCACUUCCUCAGCUGUGGGCAGUUUUCUUCUUUGUUAUGAUCAUAUUCUUAGGAUUAGACAGUGAGUUUGUAUAUCAAGAGGCCCUGGUCACAACCAUCUCUGACAUGUAUCCAUCAUUCUUUCAAAAUACGUGUCGCCGCAAACUCCUCCUACUUGCCAUUUGUACUGGAGGUUUCCUGGUUGGACUUGUCAUGGUUACUGAGGGAGGUCUUUAUGUCUUCCAGCUGUUUGACUACUAUGCCUGCAGCGGGAUGACGCUUCUGCUUUUUGCUAUUCUUCAGUCUGUCUGUAUUGGAUGGAUCUAUGGUGCAGAUCAUCACUAUGAUAAUAUACAGGACAUGAUUGGAUAUCGUCCCUGGCCUUUUAUGAAAUACUGCUGGAAGUACUUUAUACCAGCAAUCUGUACUUGCACAUUUCUGUUCUCUGUGGUGAAAUAUACUCCUCUUAAAUUUAACAACACAUAUGAGUACCCAUGGUGGGGAUAUGCCAUUGGAGGAUUCUUUACUCUCUCUUCAACAUUAAUGGUUCCGCUGUGGAUGUUGUAUGCUGUGAGCACCACUCCAGGAACAUUAACACAGAGAGUGAAACUUCUGUGCACUCCAGCUAAGGACUUACCCACUGCUGCAUCAAAGAAAGCAACAAACCAUGAAGCAUUUCAGACUUUCACAGACUUGCAGACACUGCGCAAGACAGACUCCAAAUGAUAGAGGUGACAGACGUCCUCUCUCAAGUGAAUAAAAUCCAUACAGCAGGAACCAAGAAUGUUUCUUGUGCGUUCAGGAAAAGCAAUAAACAAUAUCCAGCUGCCAAAAUUCAGAGGGGAGUUGCUUAUAAUGUUAAACAUCUCCCUAGUGGUUUUGCUCAGGAUCUAUUCUCUACAGUCAAGCUGUUUUUUUCCUUUGGAAAGUUUAAAGGCAGUACAUGUUGAACCCAAAUAUUGCACAGGACUCAAAAUGAAAAAUUUAAUGAGAAGAGAAGGGGUUGUAAGUCUAAAUAAAUAAAAUGAUACUGUGAUUUUCUCCUCAGUGGUCCUCAGUGGUUUUACUGUGGAGAACAAGAUGCAAUAUACGCUUUGUGGCAAACAAUCAUAGUGUUCCCAAAAUUUUCCCCACAAUGUUAGUACAUUUCCAAAAUCCUCAGUCUUUUUUUAUUUGACAGAGGAUUAGCCAUUGUUGACACAGGAGUAAAGUUCUCCACAGAGACUGUUGGUGAGUCAAAGCAGGACUUUGAAGAUUUGGGUUCUCUAUAAUAUUUAUACUUCUGUUACUUCUAGCUCCUGAUUCAAAGCUUUACUGAGGUCCUUUUAUACAAUUUCUUUUAAGAUUUAAUCAGUAACAUAAGUGCUGUUGGGUUUUUUUUUUAACUUGACUGCAUCACUAAAGAGCCUGUCUCAGUAGCAUGGAGGAAUAUUAACAAUUUAUCUUAAAAAUCGACAGUGGUGUUGCCACUCUGAUACAUAGCUCAUAUUUUGGUUAAAUGGUAGUAGUUUGAACCAGAAAAGGGAUCACAACAAAGCUCACAUCAAAGAGGUAGACGUAUAAAAGACAAUAUAUAACAAAGAAGCACAAAUAAGAAGCAUAAUUAAUUCCUGCACUGGAUAAUUGCAAUUAAUUUAGACUCCCAGUUUCACUUCAUUACAACUUCAGUCUUUUAUGCUGCAAAGGACAAGCACAAGCAUAAACAAAGGUACCCUGCAUGGCACCAGAAUUAAUACAUGAAUGUGCUUCUGUAAAGUUGUGCAUGGCCCCAAUGCACUACUAUUCCAGUAAUCAAAGUGGGGUUAUGUAUCAAAUGCUUACUGCAGUUAACAGCAGUAAGCCAGAUCUGAAUUUGUGGAAUCACAUGGAAAUACUGACAGCAAAGCUAAGCUAACCACUGCAGAGAAUUUAGGAUUUUUAAACAAAGUCACCAAUAACGAUCAGGUUUAGGUGACAAUUUUUUGAAUAAUGUUCUUUUUCCUGACUCGCUUCUCUUAUUGUCUGUAAGGCAGUGGCAAACUUUAGACAAAAAUAUGGCAGAUGAUGACGGAAAUGUGGACAGACAAUAGAGAUGGAAGACUCUGAGGUGUUAAUCCAACUACAAUUUGUGAAAUAGGCAUGAAAAUGACCAUGUCUACACCCCUUUAACACCUGAAACUGUGGGAAAACUGGGUCUGUAGGCUGUAAUUCAUUUCAACACUAUCCAUGUUCAUGACUGUUACAGACUGAUUACAGUGUAAUUCAAAACUUCAAUGUUCAGCUAUUUUACAAUAUAAAUAGAGUUUAAUUAUAACUUCUGUUUUCCUCAAGGUCAAUGUUUUGACUAAAAGUUCAGAGUACUGCAAGAAUACAUUUAGAUUUAACUAUUCAAAUACAAAGGUUAUAUUCAAGGUAUUGCUUGUUGCUAGUGCUUGGUUUUAUAGGUAGGGGUAACUGGUAAAUACAAAAACAGUAAAGCCGAGCCACCAUCAUUUAAUGACAGAUAAUUUUAGGGGGUAAUAUUACUGUUAUUUUGUUUAAAAAUGAUUUGCAGAUAUAACUUUCUGCAUUUAUUCUUGAUGAAAUAUCACUGACAUUCAUAUCUGAAACAUGUAUUUGUAUACAAAACUUGAGUAACUUUGUUGCAGAUAGAAAGAUUCAUAUAUGUAAUAUUUACUGGGUCACUGAUUCUUACAGCAGACCUUCAGCUCUUCUUCUUGUGCAUUUUCUCAGCCUUUUGUCUGGUCUGAAUGAAGUGCAGCUCAGCUUGAAUGAGAUCUGGUUCCUGACUGCGCCGUUUUAAGAUCUCUCACUUGGUUAUUUUAUAUCUUUGCAUAUUGUCCACUGAACUGCUCACUUAGCUAAAACUGAGCACAAAAAUGAGAUGAUGUGUUGUAUGAAAAGUCCCUUUUCUCUUUCCAUGAUUGUGAUACAGUUUGAGUUUACUUUUGCCAUUAGCUGAUUUGAAAUUCAAAAUUUGUUUUCAUUUUGGUGUUUUGUGUGCUGGAACUUUUACCCACUAUUUUUAAGGUUAACCAGGGUUUGCAUCUUUUGAAAACUCCUCUAAGGUUCUGGUCAGAAAGUCAUGUCUAUAUUGUUUAGACUGUAUACAACCUUUCUGACCCUAAACAAAAAUGCAAGUGGACAUAUCUUUUGAUGUCACUGCAUUGCAAAAGUGAUUUUUGUGAUGAUCUUAGAUUUAUACAAAUUACCUCUGUUAACUCACUUUUAUAAAACGGAUUUAUAAUUGUAUUGUUUUGGCCAUUGUUGUGCAUUUGUGUGUGUGUGACAGGUAUUUAUUAUGUAUUUUUGUACAAAUCUGUUUAUAUGUGCAGAAUAUAUUAUGGAUUUAUUGUUUUUUUAUUGUAAUGUUUGGUUUUUAUAAUAGAAAUAAUGAAUCCAGAUUUUCUUCAGCGUUGUACAUAAGCGGUAAAUACAUAAGUCUGCAUGUAGUUUGGCUCUUUUUCUGUUUGUAAAAUACUGAUAACUCUACUUACAAACAAAAAUUAUAGGCACAGAAAAUAUGUGUCCUAGAGUACAUUCAUUUACCAUUGCUUCUUGGUAUUUUCUCAA